AUGCAGCAGGGGGAGAGACACAAGCAGCCUUAUCGACAGGCCUCUAUGCCAGCUCGCACACCCAGAGGGACAAGUCUGAUGGAGAGAGAAUGGUCGAAAGGAGAGAUCGUUUCGAGUCAGCUGGUGAAGUCAGGGAGAAGAGAGGAUGGAGGGAAAGAGAGGAGGAAGGGUGCAGGUGACUCGGUCACAGGAGCUGGGAGAGAGGAGGGGAAGGGUAGAGGAGAGGACGAGAGGUGGAGACAGGGAGGGGGCGAGGAGGAGGGAGGGGAGAAGCAACAGAGGGUGAGAGAGAAGAAGGCGUUGAGAGAGAUGGAGAGGGAGAUUAGGGCUAUGCGAGAGAGAAGGGCACGUGAGCGUGCUGCUGCGAGAAGGGCUGGUGAGAGCAAGAGAGGUGGAAAGGAUGGGAGUGAGCGAGGCGGGGAGAGUGGGCGAAGGGAGAAGGGAGAUGGGGAUAGUGGAAACAGUGGGGAGGUUCGAGAGGGGAGUGAGUGCGGAGCGGAGGAGAGAGGGUUGGAGAGGAGGAGCAAGAGUGUAGGUGAGGGUAGGUUGAGAGCAAGAGGAGGGGUUGUGUGUGAGGGAAUAGCAGUUGGAGGAGGGGGCGGAAUAGAGGAGGCCGAUUUAGAGGAGGAGGAGGUUCCAGCCUACCCCCCUUUGAGCCGCAGCCGCACUCAACCCAGUCGCCUACCUUCUAACCCAUGCACACCGCGUUACACCCACCUCCCUCCCUUCUCACCGCAUGCCUCCCUUGCCCCGUUGUCCCUCGUCGAACCUGGCGCCGAACCUGUUUUCCAAACCGCAUACCACUAUGAUCUGGUGCAACCGCUCUCCCCAGACCCACAGGUCUGGGAGGAGCCCGAGCCUGAAACCGAACCUGAGGCCGAUCCCCGGACCAAGCGGCGAGGCUUCCGAGACCGGCUGUUCGGCCGAAGCUCGAGCGGAGGUCGGGACAAACUGGCCGAGUCAGACAGGGAAGUGAAGGUGGUUCAUGGGAGAAUGAGCCGAGACGGGUCUCUGAAUCAGCAUGCUGCUAUGAGCAGAGAUGGUUCCCUCAACCAGAAUGGCGUGCUGAGCCGAGAUGCUUCGUUUGCUCAGAAUGCAUCUGAUGGUGUUGGUGGGGCUGACAGGCAGGUUGAGUGUGGUACCGAGGCUAGCAGUACGGUUCCUUUCUUGCCAGAGGUGAAGCACCAAGCAGAUUCAGGCACAGACGGCAGCAACAGCAGCACGCACAAAGGCGGCCGAUUCUCCCUGAGAAGACACCUGCAGCGGCUCAAAAGCGGCGAGGCUAAGGCUCCGGUUCACUCUCCUUUACCCCGGGUAGUUGACUCGCUGUUUGAUUUUUCCCCCGACGCGGCUGCAGGUGUUUCCUCCCCCACGCUCUCCUCCUCCCGCGCCCUCUCCUCUUCCUGGGCUGGUAUGUUCUCCCGAACCCAGACCGGGAGCCGCCUGUCAGGCUCGGUAAGCAGCUGGGUCCGAAGCAGCUGGGGAGGCUCGGUAAGGGGGAGCAGGUAUGGGGAUGGGUUGAGUGAAGUUGCAUCCACUGCUGUUGCCACUGCUACUAGUGGUGGCGUUGGUUAUGAUUCUGCUUUUGACGGUAACAGAAACGACGAUGCCGGGGUUGUGCCGAUGCGGAGGAGCAAAACGGAUGGGAGGAGGGACUAUAUCGAGAAAGGAGUGAUUCCCGUCAGCAGGAGUUACGCAGAUAACGAGGCUAUGAAUGUGAAAAGGAUGAUGGAAGGGAUGGGGGGGUUGGAAGGAGCAGAGGAUGAUGUUGGUGUGGAAGGGGCGCAUGGAAGGGAGUAUGAAGCAACGGUGUUUGUGCCUCUCAAGGUGCCUAAGUCCCCUUCCUGGGCCAGUGAGAUGGGCAUGUGGGCCACAUGGGGGCGAUAG